ACGGGAGCAAUGGUUGAUGGUCUCCGCCGAGGUGGACUUUCGAUGUUGGACGAUUUUUUUUGGUUUUGUUUCGGGCUACAGCACAACCGCCACCCUGAUUUCUAAUGGUGCAAUCAAAAAGUAAUGCCACUGUCUCCGUGUAUUCAGUGCAUCCGAGAGUGCAUUUCCGGUGAUUGGGAAAUUGGGUUACGUAAUCAGGUUUCGAGGGUGUUCGGUUCGCAACCUGGUGCCGUCCGAAACCGGGUGAGAUCCGUGUCGGGUGUGAGUGGGAGUGAGUGGCUCAAACGACUGUGGAGAGGAAUCGAAUCCGGUGGGUCGGUCGGUCGGUCGGUCUUCGUCGGAUGAUAACAUUUCAAGAGUGGCUGGGCUGACUUGGCGGCAGUGCAUUUCAACUGGUUGGUUCCGAAGGUAGUGACAAAGAGUGCAACUCUGUGGAACAAAGGCAUCUUGGCGGCCGUCCGUUCAAUGGAUACCUACAGUGUAAAGAUGAUGAAGGAUGUCGCAAGUCUACCGUGAAAUCGGCUUUCCGGGCGAAGCACGUGAGAAACCGGCUGUCCACAUGAGAUGGGACGUAAAAUGAUUCCCCUGUGAAGAGGCCCCCGAAGAAGAAGAAAAGUGUUUGAAUCCGUUGACGAGCUACGCGUAGUCUAGUGUGAUAAGCGAAAAAGAAAAGAUAAAUUGUGGCCGUUGAAGUUCUGGGGGGCCGUGCAGUGAGAGAAUAAAUGGUCUACGUGCGUGUGUUGCUCGGGAAAUCCUUUUUUCCUACGCUUGAAAGUGUCCCUCAUCAGAGUGAUCCCACCGAAGCCUAGGGGGUUGAGCUCGCGCAUUUCGAAGCAGAAGGUACUGAAAACGGAAAACGGAGCGUUCCGAACCGGUACUAAACAAUACAUCACCAACAGCAACAACUGCGUGAGAGCUCGCAGCAAAAAUAAAAAAACUGCAACCAUGGAUGGAACCACAACCUCGACGACAACGGAAACCAACCCGGCGGGAGCAGCCAAUCUGCCGACCUCGAGCGUACUGCUGCCGGACGAUGUGCUCGAAAAGCUCUACCAGAGCUACGCACUCAAGCAGAAGCGGGUCGCUUUCGGGUGCUAUCUGGCGGCCUCGAUGCUGUUUGAUUUAUGGGCCAUCCUGGUGCCGCAAGGUCAAAGCUGGGAAGCUGUAGUGAUACUGAGUGUGUUCCUGGUGCUGAAUGUUAUCCUGGCAGUGGUGCUGCGCUUCGGCGGAAAGGGUCGCUUCCGGGGGUUCAUCUGGGAGGUGGCACCGCACGCAGCCUGGCUGAUGGCAAUCAUGCAACUGUUUGUGCACCUGUUCCUGAAAGGAUCCGUUACACCCAAAGAUUCCCUCGGAUGGGCUGUGCUUCUUAAUUUUUUAGUGUACGUAACCCUGCCGGUGCUGCUCAAGUAUUCCGGCAUCCUGCUGGGAGUCGGGUCGGUGCUCACCUAUAUCAACGCCAUCAUUGGGCUGGCCAAGAGGGAUAACUAUUUUUGGGAGCAGCAACUUGCAAACAUCGUCCUACUGGCGGCAGCAACGGUCAUCGGGUUGCUGAAUUACUUUCUGGCUGAAGCGAAACAACGAAGAGCUUUUCUCGAAGCGAAACAAGGCCUAGAGGUGAAGAUGCUGAUCGAGGAGCAGUCAGCCGAACAGGAACGUUUGCUCCUCUCGGUACUGCCGGAGCACGUCGCCGUAAAAAUGCGACAAGAUCUGGGAUCCACCAACUCGGAGCAGUUCAAGAAAAUCUACAUGAGUCGCCACGAAAAUGUCAGUAUUCUGUAUGCUGACAUAGUGGGCUUCACCGCCAUCUCGUCGACCUACUCGGCCCAGGAUCUGGUGAAAAUAUUAAACGAACUUUUCGCACGAUUCGAUCGUCUGGCAGAGAAAUACCAGCAAUUAAGGAUAAAGAUCCUGGGCGAUUGCUACUACUGCAUCAGCGGGGCUCCCGUAGAACGGCCGGACCACGCCGUCCUCUGCGUCCACAUGGGACUGUCGAUGGUGAAGGCAAUCAAAUACGUCCAGCAGAAGACCAAUUCUCCCGUUGACAUGCGAGUGGGAAUCCACACGGGAGCCGUCCUGGCGGGAAUCCUCGGUCAGCGGCAGUGGCAGUUCGAUGUUUACUCCAAGGAUGUGGAACUGGCCAACAAGAUGGAAUCGAGCGGCAAAGCCGGCCGGGUUCACUUGUCGGAAAAAACGUUGAGCUUCCUGAACGGAGAGUUCGAGGUGGAACCGGCGUACGGCGAAAAGCGCGAGGAAGCACUUCGGAUAGCUGGGCUGAAGACGUACUUUAUUACCAAAGUGGUGAAACCGUUUUGUCCCGCCGAGCACCGAAUGAACGGCUCCGCAGAUCCCAAGGAUGUCGUUAUCGAACCGGAUGGGCCGUCGGAAGUGUUUCGCGAUGACGACGAACCCAAGACUCCGGCAGACGACGUCGAAGCCAACGCCGGCCAGGACGAGAAGGAAAAGGAAAUCGCCGCCGAAGACUACAAGGUGCGACUCCGGAAGGAGCUGGUCAGCCGCGAUGGCCACCGGGAAAUCUACAAGGACAUCAACGCGCUGCUGUGGUUCAAGAACGACGACAUCGAGCAGGCCUACACACGGUACCGGCAGCCGCACAGUUCCAUUCCGCUGCUGGCGGCGGUGGUGGUGCAACUGGCCGGGAUUACCUUCUCCUACCUGGUGCUUCCGCGUACAACGCUACACUUUGAUAUCGUUACCCCACCAUUGGUGAUAAUUAUCAUUUUGGUGUUUAUCUCGGUGGCAGAAAGUUUUCCAAAGAUGCUGCCAGCAUUUAUCACGUUGAACAGUAAACGAUUUAACGACUGUGUCGGUUUACGCACAUCAACGGCAGUGGUUAUCGUGGUGCUGUUAGGAAUAUCCAAUGCCGGCGAUAUGCUGGCAGCUUCCUUCCGGACUCCACUGCACCUGAACAUCACCGUCACCGACGUGUCCUUCCUGCCGAACGAGAUGCACCCGUCGACCGGUUGUUUGUUUCCGUCGUACUUCAGCAACUUUGCCGUGCUGAUCCUGGUGGCCGUUUCCAUCAUCACGCAGCUGUCGCAUCUGAGCAAAAUUGCAUUAAUGGUUGCCAUUACCGCCAUCCACUGCUACAUCAACAUAUUCAACUUGGACGAAGCAUUCCGACACGAGGAUUUCGAGAUAAUGAAUGUAUUUCCCUUGCGAUAUACGCUGUCGGCGUUGUUGGUGGCAGUGACGAUAGCACUUUCGCUCCUGGCGCGCCAUAUCGACAAAGUGGACCGGGUAAUCUUCAUGUGGAAAACCGAAGUCAGCGACCAGAAGGAACGGGCCAGCGACAUGCGCCGGCGGAACGAGGCCCUGGUGUACAACGUGCUGCCGAUGCAUGUGGCCGAGCAUUUCAUGGGCAACCGGAAGCGUUCGCACGACGAGCUGUACUCGCAAAGUUACGCCGAGGUGGGUGUGCUGUUUGCCAGCAUGCCAAACUUUUCCGACUUUUACUCGGAGGAAACGGUCAACAAUCAGGGGUUGGAGUGUUUGCGCUUCCUGAACGAGGUCAUAUCGGACUUUGAUGCGCUGCUCGAGUUGCCUCAGUUCCAAGACGUUAUCAAAAUCAAGACAAUCGGAUCGACCUACAUGGCAGCUAGUGGAUUGAACCCAUCGCGAAUCGUCAAACCGGAGGAUUCCAUUUCGGUCCGAUGGGCACAUCUGGCACUGCUGGUGGAGUUUGCACUGGAGCUGAAAAAGGCUCUCCAAGGAAUCAACGAACAAUCAUUUAACCAUUUUGUACUGAAGAUGGGCGUCAAUCAUGGGCCAAUCACGGCAGGUGUUAUUGGUGCCAGGAAACCUCACUACGACAUCUGGGGUAACACGGUGAAUGUGGCCUCCCGGAUGGAAAGUACCGGUAAAGCGGGAGCCAUUCAGGUCACCGAGGAAACCUGCCACAUUUUGCAAACCUUCGGCUACACCUUCGAGCAGCGAGGCCUGGUGGCCGUGAAGGGCAAAGGCCAACUGAUGACGUACUACCUGCAGGGAAAGGUCCCGAAAAAUGCUUCCCCAAUUCUUCCGGUGACGACGAUGGAAACGGUCCAGGAAGUGGACGAACCCAAGGAAUCCCCACCGGCGCUUCCAACCGAAUCCCCAGCCCACCAAAUCACGUCGGUUUCUUCCAGCACCACCAGUCCCAACAGCGUUCGCCUAAAUCAAGAGUACGUAGAGAUGAAGGUAAGCAGUACAUCGAAUACAACCGGAACUUCGAACCACCAUCAGCAGCAGCAUCAGUCUGUGGAGCAGCAGCAGACGAACAGUACCACCGUGGUCAGUGCAGCGGGGGACCAGAAUACGGACGGCUGCGGUGUAAAGGUGUUAUUUAAUGGGGAAACCGAGGAGCCAGAUGUGAAAACUCCGCUACUCGACGAUAAGAACAGCACAAAUGCAAAUCACUUUAGCGAGGGUGAGAAGGAUGCACUAAUAGAGAAUAGCAAUUAGGUGGCUUUUGCGGGUAUACCAUAGGCUGGCAGGGCAAAUAAAGGGGUAUUUUGGUGGAGAAUGUACUGGGAGUGCUUUUGAAAACUUUGCAAG